AUACAUGGAAAAGGACAAAGCCUUUCAGCGGUUGCAGUGUAGCUUCAUCUACCAGUACCAAACAAAGCUUGAGGAGCAGACAAAGAAAAACUUCACUUUUGCUACGGAUGUGGGCACGGUGGAUUACGCUAUCAGCGAACUGGUCAAAAGUGUUGGGAACAUGCAGUUCUGCGCAAACGUUGAGGCGUGGAAAAAUAAGUCUGUCACCAUUCGUUACAACCUAGUCUGCAGAAAAGAAGUCUACGAGGAUUUACUUGGGAACUACACCGAUAUCAACAGAGCCUACAACGAGACCUACAUCAACGCCACUCAUGUGAGCGUUUCUUGUUCAUCAGGAGUCCACGAUCUUCGGAAUUUAUGGCAGCCUGCUAAAGAAAUCAAUAUGACUGACAAACGAGUAAAAGCCCUCGUAAGCCGCAGCCGCACGAACGACUUGUCGGACCUCAGGGGGCGCUUCGCCCCCGACCGCGACGUGGUCGAGAAGACGGCGAGGAAACGAGAAGACUUCAUCCAAGUGUGCAGCAUCGACAACGUCCAUUGCAAUUACAAACUAUUUCACCCGUACACGACGAAAGAUAUGGGAGUUUGCUACACGUUCAACAGCCCACACCUCGUCAGAGAAUCCAGCCCCAACGUCAGCAUCGAAGACCGCAGAAAGAACUUCAAGCCAAGAGCUUCGUAUAAAACAGGACCUCAGAGCGGCCUGAGCCUGACGCUGAACCUGCACGCGGCGAGCUACCUGUCGUUGCUGUCGCCCUGGUCGGGGCUGCGCGUGGUGCUGCAUGAGCCUUGGCAGGCGCCCUUCCCGGCCGAUGAAGGCUUCAACCUCGCCGCGGGACUGUCCCACUCCAUCGCUGUAACCAAG